GUUCUCCCAAUUCUAGAUCUUGUCGGAUCGUCUGACAACAACGAUGUAAACAAGUAGGCAAAGAAUGAUGUAAUGGUCACGUGGUGACGCCGGCUACACAAGGGCUUAUUCAAACGUCUGUACAGGUUCUGACGCUGUUCCAGCCAACAGUGCCAAACAAAGACGUGAAUUUUUCCUGUUCUUUGCCGUCGUCCACCUGAGUAACCCACGCGGAUGUAUAUAGCUGCACUACUUGCGCUCCUGGCGGUGAUUCGGCCCGUCCUGCCGGAAACAAUUUGUGAUAGCCCCUUGCUGAUCGCGACGUCAUCACCGGGAGUGCUGACGUCAGAUGGUUACCCCGGUCUGUACCCGGCAGGUACCGACUGCACCUGCGAACUCAGAGGGACACUCGGGAACGUGGUAGAAAUCAGCUUCAAUGACUUCCUGGUCGACCCGUCCCCAGGGUCGUUAUCUGGUGCCCCGGGAACGUGCUCACGCCACUAUCUGGAGGUGUACAAUGGACUCGAGACCAAUGGGAACCUUUUAGGUUCGUUCUGUGGAGACGAGACUCCGCCCAUCUUGUUGUCUAGUGACGUCACCCUGACCCUGAAGUUUGUGACCAAUCCCUGGUCCGCUAACAACCGGUACAGGGGCUUCUCUCUUAACUACACCGCCAUUGCCGGAUCACAGGGCCCGGACCUUGACUCGGGCUGUUGGAGCAUGCGCAGACUAACUGCCCCAAGUGGGACCAUCGUCAGCCCAGGCUUUCCUGUGGAGUACCCAGCAAGCUUAGCAUGUACGUGGGAAAUAGUGACGCAUCCGGACAGCAAAAUCACCCUGCAGUUCUUGACCUUCCUGGUAGGAGGCAUCUCUGCAACAUGCGACAACAACGUUAACGACUACGUUAUUGUGUACAGAGGAACAGGGGAAAGCAAAGAAUCAGAAGGGACAUACUGUGGAUGGGAGUUGCCACAAUUUACGGACCUGCUGAAUGAAGUCACCAUUGAGUUCGUAUCCAACAAUGUCGGUGGAUUCCGCGGGUUUUUCGUGGUGUACACCGCUGUAGGUCCGACAACCACACCCGCACCUCCACCAACCAUCACCACAACGGUGCCUCCCCCCGUGAACACAAUGAACACUCCCCAGCCCCCCGUCACCCCCGGGGCCUCCUAUGUCCCCACGGUAGGGGACCACGCCGCCCGACUGGGGGACAACAUCUACAUCAUGAUCCUCUUCUUACUUGUUGCAAUACUGACUCCAAUCGCUAGAUGAUACCUGACACCAGUUCACACACGAGAGAAAUACCUACCAGUAAUGCUGCAAUGAUGUAAAAUAUCAAAUUAUACAGAAAAAUGAAAAUAUGAGAAAGAUUUAGUUUUAUAGCAGUAUAAUGUGAUAUAGUCUUAUCGUUCUUUUUUUGUCAUACAUGUAAUUGUGCAUAUGAUACUGCCAAUAUUACGUGGUAAGCUUAAGUGAGGCCAUGUUGAUUUGAUUAUAUGGAUGACAUCCGCGCGCGCAUGAAUUUUCGGCCGUUUCCACAAAAAAUGUUUUCAACCAUA